CACACACACACACAGAAAGAAGCUAGCAUUACAGGCAGACACACCACAGCCAGGGCAAACUAACAGGUGUAAAACUGAGCACAGUAAGUGAAGAAACAGAACAGUCAGUGUAGACUAUAGGUAAAGCAGACAUACAAGUUGCCAAGCAGUUUUUUGAUAGGCUGGAAGAGUGUCAGGUGAGACGGCAGGCAGCUCUCACUGCCGGCUGUACUUUUGUAGCUGGAGAAGCAUAGAGAGGCACAGAGAGGAUUCUGUUAGGGUGGCCAGUCUCCCCACCUGCCCCCUCUUUGAGACGCACACAUACACACACGCUCAGACUGAGGCAACCACUGGGGCAUUCAACCAACUCAGCUCUGCAAGGCCAUUUGAAACAGUAGACCUACUCCAGCACAUCAGACUGAUAUCAUGGCAUACAGGAAAGUGUGUGACGCCCAGGGUGGCCCACUGGUCGGUGAGGGUCCGCACUGCUCUGGAGGUCUGGAUCUGGACUGGGACCUGGACAAGGAGGAGCUGCAGGAGCCAGGGCCAAGCAUGGACCGAAUGCAGAUGCAACAUAUAGACUGCCAGAGAUCAGCGUGUUCAGACCCUGGCCCUGAUCCUGACCCCGAGUUGAUGGAACCCAUCCAGCCUUCAGUUUCUGUUUCCCCACAUGGUCGGUUUGAACGACUCCAAGAAGAUCCGAACUACAUUUCCCACUUUACAAGGGCUCCUGCUCAUAAAGGUCAAAGACGACUCCACUGCUUCCUGCUCAGGUACUUCCUGGCUGCAGUGGGGCUUUUUGUCCUGGGUCUCCUCAUUGGCUGGUUCACUCACACGCAAAGCGUCAAACUUCCUGUUCCCCUGUUCGACAGCUCGGACUUACUGGAGGAGCUGCUUAAACGAAUCACAGCUGAAAAGAUAGAUGCUCUUCAGAAGUCUUUCUCCAGCCUACCCGAUAACAGUGAGGAAGCCAGAGCUAGGUACCUCUACAGGCAGUGGUUGGGACUCGGUUUGACUGACGUCCACCUAUCCAAUCACACAGUCCUCCUCAGCCUGCCUGGUUCCACACCCAACACAAUCACUGACAGGUCUAGUCACCAGUGUUUCCUGCCAAACGGGACCCCCUGUGACCAGCGUGGCCCAAACGACCUGCCGAGGCAGCAGUUCUCUUACGCAGCCUACUCCGCUAUUGGAAGUCUACAGGGAGAGGUGGUGGAUGUUCAGUACGGGAGUGUGGAUGACCUGCGGAGAGCCAAAGACAGCCUGAACCUCACCAACCGGAUUGCCGUGGUCAAGCUUGGCCAAGCACCCUUGCUUUACAAGCUGUCCCUACUCUCUGAGCUGGGUUUUGGGGGUGCCCUGCUUUACGUUGACCCCUGCGACGCCCCCCCCGGCCGCCACACCUGGAAUCAAGCGUUCAGAGUCACCCUCAACCCCGGAGGAAAUCCUGCCAUUGCUGGCCUGUCAAGAGAGGCUGGAGGAAGUCUGACAUCCCUGUUGGUUCAGCCAAUCUCUGCCUUCCUAGCCAAGAAGUUACUGUCCUCUUCAUCAGCAGGGCAAGGAGACUCCUGCGUUCCUCUUGCCAUGCCUGCCAACACAGAGCGAAAGAAGAUCACACUGACGGUUGGCAGCCAGCUGUCCUACAAGAAGAUUUACAAUGUCGUGGGAUACCUGAAAGGAAGGAGGAACCCAGAUCGCUAUGUGCUGGUUGGCAGUCGCCACGACAGUGACCAGAGAGGCGGGGCUUCAGCUAUCAUGAAUCAGCUCAUCGCGGCUCUGACAGAGCAGACCAAACUAGGAUGGGUGCCGGACCGUACCACUGUGUUUUGCUCCUGGGGAGGCUCAGCCCUGGGAAACAUUGGGUCCUACGAGUGGGGAAAGGAUAACAGUGUUGUCCUGCAGAGCAGUGCAGUGGCCUACGUCAGUCUGAACUCUCCAGUCAGAGGGACAGAGACACUGAGAGCUGCAGCUUCACCGACUCUGCUGCAACUCACCUCCGACAUACAGAGGAGACAAUUGCUGAGUUGCAUCCGUGGUGGGAACUGUCCCGGACCCAACGUCAGCUCGCUGCAGUUGCCUGGAGAUGUGAGUUUCUUCGCCAACCAACUGGCUGUUCCCACCGUGGAGUUUGCCUUCGAGCAGACCAAAGCGGAGGAGAACACCGGUUUCCUGUCUGAGGCCCAGUUCUCUGUGGAAUCGCCAGAGACCCUGGACCCACUUUUCAAGUUCCAUGAAACCAUUGCGAAGAUGACGGCAGAAGCCAUUCUCCGCCUGGUCAACGACCCUGUGCUGCCGUUCUACCCUCUGGACAUUGCCCUGGAUGUACAGAACAAACUCAAAGACAAAAGCGUGGUAUCUCCAUCCAUGCUGUCCUCAGCCGCCUCCCUGAGAGACCACGCAGCUUUCUUCCAGUCAGAAACGAUGCGGCCAGCCAAUGACCCCAAAGAGCGUGACCCCUCCCACGUGCGAAUGCUGAAUGAUGUGCUACGUGACCUGGAGAAGAGCUUCAUCAUUCCACAGACGCCGCCUGGAGUUUACAGGAACCUGUUAUACAGCCUCCCUGGAAAGACUCCUCUGUUUUCCGUCCUGAGGUUCUCACAGGAAGCUGCCCUGCACUGCAACGUCUCCAGCAAAGCAGUCAAACACAACACAACCGACAAGGAAGUGCUUUGCCACAGCACCAUGAACCAGUCUCUGUCUCUCAUCCUGAGGGCCAUCCGGUCAGCAGAAAGGCUGGUGUGUUUCGGCUUAGACUUGUUUGAAAAUUAUCAGAGAGAAGCUAAAUGAUCUUGGCUGAUGCCUGGAUGCACUCAGCAGCAAAACCUACGACUUAUCAAGUCAACAAUAUUCAAAUAGAUGUGGAAUAUUAAAACACAAUCGACCCCCUGACCAACCUCAUUCAAAACCUUAUCUUACAUUAAAAUGAAUUCAUGGAAAAGCUGAGAGAAUCCACACACAUUUAACUAUUGUUCGACAGAACAUUUAAAUUUGAACUAGGAUUAAAUUAUUAAAUGCAAAAAUGUUUAUAUUCUAUCUCUACAGAAGAAGCCAUUGUCAAAGUUUCUUUGUGAUGGUGGCUGUUUGUUAAUGCUUAAUACAGGGACAUUUUAGUAUUUUAUAACUUGGGUUUAAAUGUGGCCAUUCUGACUAUGAAUUAAGCUAACUUCACAUGUCUAAAUUUAUCUUUCUAUUUUCUCCCGUCAAUCCAAAUCUAAUGCUUUGCUGGCCACACCUCCUUUUUUUUUUUUCUGAUUUCCACUUUGUCUUAGUGAAAAUAUUUAGCACUCAAUUCUUACUUAACACUCCUGCUGUUUUGAAGCUUCACUUCUAACUCACUUUGGAGUAAAGUGUUCAACAAAUGACUAAAUGUAAUUGUAACCAUUAGCCACUGCUAGAAACAUCAGAAUGGCCACGUAUAUGAGAAUAAGACCCAGGUUAAAAAAUACAGUUUUUCUUUCGUUGAAAGAAUUAUAUAACUAAUUCACCUUACAACCUAAACAUUGUAAGCAAUAAGCCAUUAUAUAACUGUCCAACAACAACAUUUAGUCGUUCUACAACCAUUGUAUGCCAUACAACUUGAUGGCUUGAUUUAAGAGCAACAUCACAUUUAAAACCACAGAAAAUAGCUUUUCAAUGAAUCUAUUGUUCUAGGAAAUAUAUUUAUUUUCUAAUUUAGUCAAUGCACAAGGUCAAACAGUUCAAACACAUGUUUUGGGUGUGUGUGUGUGUGUUUGUUCAUAGAUGACUGUAGCAAGGGUUUCCUAGUGACACAAAUGUGAAUGUUGGAUAACAAAGCCUUCUGGAGCCCAAACAACACCCACAGUAAAUGUGUUAGCGUAGGUAGGUGUAAACGAUGCAGUGGGUGAGCAUGACCUUGUUCCACACACUAGACAAUCCUUAAAUUCCUCAGUUUGAGCAUUUGGUGUAGCUGAGUCCUCGUGUCGAAGGGCCAGGAGAGGUUUACACCCGUCAGGGGCCAACCGGGGUUUGGGCAGUGACAGGGAUCAAAUACGGGCAAACACACAUGGUAGAAGUAUGUUAUAAUGCCUGUGAUCAAAGAAGUCACCAUUUGAGACAGUUUUUGUAUUAUCUAUCAAUUCAGAAUGAGCCAAUUCUACUAUAUUAAAUGUACCAAAAAUGCGAUUGUCUCUCUUCAGAAAAAGUCUUCCAUCAUUCACAACAAUCUCAGAGAGUGGACGUGAUGAAAAUACUCACAAUUCUUUAGUAUGACUAAGAGAGGAUAAACAGCAGACUGCAGCCAUUAUACACAGAUUCCAACUGGUUGCAUUUACAGCCAUUACGCAGAGUUGGACACUUGCUCUGUGUGUGUGGCUGCUUUUCCACUUUCUCAGUGUCUGUGCUACACUUAAUGUUUUAAGUGGCAGAGUUGAGUGUCAUCUCUCCACCUCCUCCUUCUCUUCAUUAUUCUUACAUUCUCUCCAUUAGUGAUGCUACCAACCAUUGAUCUCUGUCAUUCGGUGGCUGUUUGUGCUGCUUUUGACAACAGAUUUAGGAGUCAGAGGCUGAUGUGCUGCUCUAAUAGCCUGCACAAGCCUAGAUAGAGACUGGAGCAAUAAAUCAGCAUCAUUGGUGUUGCUGUUAAAAGACUAGUUAAUGUAAUGGAAAAAAUAGAACAAUAUCCAAACAAAACUACAAAGCAGACAUCAGCAGCUCUUAUACAAGGAGUCAUGUGAUUCAACAUUUGUGUACAAAAUACUCUGGGCUCCAGAUUGUUUGUAGUUAGGCAUUAUAUUUGCUAGAAUAGUGUUUCAGAGAAAAACAAUGGAGUUUAUUUUGUCUCAAACUGCACGCACGUUAAAAACCAUGCCCGUGCAUAUGAUACGAAUGCACAACGAUUCUUACCCUGCAGUCAUGGAGGCGCAAGGUUUAGGGGAGUAGGAUUUGCCCAUCCCUUCCCUAUGCGCUAGUGGGUAUGGUUUUGCACUUGCAUAUACUGUUCUGUGCUCUCUUAUUAAAAGUGUGGCAUGAUUAUUAUUUGCGCACACUUUGAGACUAAAUAAAUACCAUAAAAAACUAUUUCAAACAAUUUCAUACCUUAGCUUAUUCGUAAUAGUUUGAAUGUGAGUUUUUCUUUAGCAUGAUGGGGGUUGGGAGGGCGUGAUCUUUUUGCAGCUGGUAAUUUAAGAAUAAACCUGAAUUGUGUAGGGUUCAAACACAUGAUUUAGGAUCUGGAAAUAUUCAAACAGCACUGUCUACAAGUCUUACUUGCACAGAUAAUCAGUUUAUUCCAGUGUUUAGUGCUUCCACAGUCAUACUGAUGUACUCAAAUAAGCUUAUUUUUAGUCUUAGAAUAGUUUUUUAAAAUUACAUCUCAAUUUGUAGCAACAAUUGAUACACACAAUUUUGUAAGGUGUAUCGAUUAUUUGUAUUUGAAUGUCUAGUUUGUAAAUAAGCAGACUUGCAAUACUGAUUCAGAGAAACAAAAACUUUUCAGGGAUAAAAAUCAUAAAUUCUCAUUGCUUUAAAUAUUGUGCCUUUUAUCAGUAAAACAUAAGCUUUAAAUUACCAUGUGAAAUGGAAUACCAAAAGAUUGUCAUACAAUUGAGCAGAUUGAUCAACUACCCACCACUGUGUAAAAUAAUAGAAAGGUAUCCAGUGCCAGUGUAUUGUUAGCUAGUUACAAUGUUUCCGUUGGUGCAUGCGGUAAAUACACACAGACUGCAUGCAUAUUGAAAAAAUACAUUUUGUUUUAGAAUCAGUCUCAAUGUGUCUCUUCUACUGGUUGUUAUUUUCAUAAGAAACUGCUGUGCUAAACUAGCUUGCUUGGAAUUGCUAGUCAACAGUGUAAAGACAAUGCUGUAAUAGUACUUUUAGAACAUUUUAUUGUUACUAUUCUAGAAAUCCAAUCAAUCUAAGGUCGGAGGUGCUUUGAGUUAAAAACUGUUGCCUCGUUGUUUUGAAAAAGGGAAAGAUACCAGACUUGCAUGGAAUACAAAGCCUACAGUCACAAUAUGCUGGGAAGGAAAAGGAAGUGAUGUCACCAGCACCUUGAACACGUCAUUUAAAGAUUUCAGAGUGUAAAAUCAAUGUAUGUUGUGUCCUGUCUACUGGUGAGACACUGAUGGGUAUACACUGAUACUGUCACUGUGGCACAAAGUUAACAAACCAAACCAUAAUAAGCACCAAUUCCCAGACGGGCACCAUCAAACAUUCCUGUAGGUGACACGUAGCUAACGUCCUGUCUCAAAUCACCAGUUGGAAAUCAACCAUCCUGCGGCCCAGCUGAUCACAAACUGUCACAAACUCAAACAGUUACCCUAAGACACACAGAUACUGGUUUUGAUUCUGAUUAAAGUUGGCCUGAUGUGUUACAGUGCAGUAAGUGCUGCAACACAGCAUGAAUCGUAUGCAUCUGUUUGGUGUAGAAUUGCAUGGUGAUACGUUUAUGGUGAAUUCACUACUACUCAUCAUAGAGCUUGGACUUCAUGCUCACACUGUUUGAUACAAAGUGGUUCUCAACCUUUGUUGUUUAACCAGACAAAAAUAACAAUCCUACUUUGAUUGUCUGUUUUGAACUGGUAAGUUACGGUAAAUUAGAGGGUACAAGCAUUCAUCUUGUUAAUGUCGGUAAACUAAUAUUGCAUAAAUGUGAUCAUCUCUAAUACAAACUGCGUGAUUGCACAAACAGAGCCUACACCAGAGGUUCCGCGAACUAUGUACAGUAUUUAUUUGAAAAUUGAAUGAUAUGCAAUCAUUUUUUAUAAAAUUUGAUGAUACUACAAACUACUGUGGAAUUUGCACAAAAUUGUGAGUUUUCUCUGUGAAGUUCCUGAUACAAAUGAACUCCCUAAGCCGGUGCAGUUGCAGAGAAACUGCUGACGCUGAAUUAUGUUGUUUGUUUUCUGUACUGUGCUUUAAAAAAAAAAAAAAGAGAUAAAAAUAUGUCUUGUUAUUGUUUGAGGUUUUUGUGAAAACCUGUGGGAAUAUUUUUUAAUGUAAUAGUUGAAUAACGUUCAAUCUGUAGAUUCAUCUUCUGAUGAUUCAAUAGCCUGGUUUCAUUGUGCAUGUCAUGAUAGCAUAAGUGGCACAUGCAGAGAUUUUUACUGGCAUGGAUUUUUGCCCUCUUUGCAAGUUGUGUUGAACUUUUAAUGCAUUAAAAGAAG